UCUGUACGCGUAGGUCGGGGUACAGAGCGGUGGUUCUGCGCUCAUGUGGCGGUGGUAUUUCGGGGAGAAGUUCAGAUACAUAGGAAUCGACAUCAACCCGGCCGUGCAACAGUUUAAGGCUCCCUGGGCCACAAUACUCAUAGGCGAUUCUGGGGACCCCGAGUUUUGGGCGAAAAUCAGAGCGGACUACCCUGAGCGCCCGGACAUUUUCUUAGACGACGGUGGGCACACCAUGACGCAGCAACUGAACGCGUUCAAGUACGCGUACGAUUGGGUCAAGGACGAUGGUAUCUAUGCGUGCGAGGAUCUACAUACCAGCUACAUGCCUUCGCACGGGGGUAAGCUGUACACACUGGACGAGGGUGGCGACCACCAUCCCGUUCAGCACAAGGAUACUAGUAAGCUCGUAUUGAUGACCGAUCUGAUCAAGAACAGCGUCGACUACCUGCACGCACAACGCAACAACAACUGCGGCACCAACGAGGUGUGCAAGCUCACCAAAGACACACUACAGAGUAUCAGUCUGUCCGAGAGCAUCGUCUUCUAUCAGAAGGGGCCCAAGUCUGUACUCGUAUGUAAAACAGGGGGACGGUCUAUUCCGUACGCUGAGACGGAUACGAAGUACGAGGAUAUGUUUAUGGAUGACAUGCUAGCCGUGGCACAGGAAGGCACUGGGGGUGCGUGUGAGACUGGUAACCGAGCGUCGAUGUGGAAGCCCAGGCCGGGCUAUGAAAAGAUGAAGAGCAUAAUCAAUAGGUAGAGCGCCCGUGACGCUCGCAGUGAUGCCAAUUCAGCACCUGCGAAGUGAUCGUGUAUCUGGUAUUCGUUCAGGGGGGGCAGUAAGUAACCAGCCAUCCUAACCAGCCAGACUGUCCCAGGGGUGAGUGUUCUAGCAGAUGCGUGAGGGUCUCGCUCUAGCGCACUUUGACACGUACGGUGACGAAGUGUGAGGGUAGCGGUGAGACGGUACAACAGGCCAAGACACCAGCGCAAGCAGUUGGUACUAUCUGGUAGGGAGAUGUAUCGGAGCGCCUGUGCGGCUGGGACGACUGGUACCAUGCUGUGCGGUUAGUUAAACUGUUUGCAGUUGCGAGUAUACGCUAAACACGCACUCAGGCCGCCGCCUCUCUCCACACCCAGGCCUGUGAAGGCUACUGCGAAGAACCGCAAUGCGAGACAGAGGAAUACUCAGUGGAGCAGUCCGUGUACGUUUACUCGCGUAUGCUACUGUGUCGAGUAAGAGCGAUUCAAUGGCGGAUUCCGCAUCGCUCACAGAGUAAUCAUUCCUUUAAUAAAUAAAUGUCUUCUGCGAA